AUGCAGCUCAUCAAGUCGAUCGCACUUGUGGCCGUGCUGGCCGUCUGCUUCGUCCAUGCCACCAUCCUGAGCGAUAGCGUGUCGCUCUUGGAGGCUCACGUCAAAGACGCAGAGACUUUGGCUUCCCAGAAAGCAGCCUUUGUUCGAAUGGUCGACCGCUACUAUCGCCCAAGCGCCAAGGCGUUCUGGACUCAGCACGCAGUCCCCCGAGCUGGUAAGGACAAAGCAGACAGAGCUAGCGGCUUGCAGGCACAUCGACUGACGCUUGAAUCUUCUGCCUUUGAACGGGCACUCCUGAUUGAAAAGCUGCCGGCCUUGAGACUACGGGAAAGCACUGGAACGAGUACAUCAGGCAGCCUAGAUUCUGAUCCAGCCUCGAGCUGGGCCCAUUCUAGCGACCCGAGGUCUUUGCUGCAUUGCUCAAGAUCUACCGCUGCGCUCGUCAUUUGUACAGCCCUCAAUUUUGUGAUCUCUGAGGGCAAGGCUGGAGCCUACGAGACAAUGGCGUAUCCCGACGGGAUGAACUAA